AUGGUUGUGGAACAAAUCGAGGUCAUUGAACACCGAAUUAUAGAAGAGGGCAGAAGACCUUCUGGAGGCGCCCUUCUCCCCCAUACUGUUCCUAUUUCCACAAUCCGUGAGAGCCGUGAAUCCUAUGAGCAACGAGCGGAUGGAACGAUUCAUGACAGAAGAUAUGAGGUCACAGGAGAACGGGAUGUCAGUCGAGAGCCAUCAUUUUUGCACACUUCUGCUAACUAUGGUCAGCACAUAGAAAUGUCGCCACCACAACAAAGAUACAAUGUCAGUGGAGCAACUAACACCAGUUUUCUGAACACUUCUGGAGAUAGUCGUUUGAGUUAUCCUGGAGCCGCGAAUACAAGCAACGAAACUACAGUUAUCAAUAACUAUGGAUACGAUAUUACAGAAGUUCAUACUAAUGAAGGAGGUGCUCGUAUCAUCGAAACUCAUGGAAGUGGCCCACUUCGAGAGACCAGCAGAAUCGAACACGUGGAAGAAACCAUUACCAGGCCGUCAGCUAUGAGAAGCUCUUCAGCUGCUGCUCAACGAAGCUCAUCGAACAUUUUCACAGUUCCAGCAGCGCCCACACAUAUUUCUUAUAGACAAGAGUUUGCUAGUGAUAAUGAAUCGCUGGCCCGAAAAGACAGCUACCGAGCAAUGCAAUCGUCGUGGGAUGGAGAGGAGAAUCGGAAAAUUGCCCCAAAUCUCAGCUCUAGAAGAUUCCCACCACAGUCACAGACGUCUCUAGUUUCCAGAGAAACAGAAAAUACGGAGAAAAAAGUGGGAUGUUUCAAGAAGAUUCGAACAUUUAUCAAUGGAGUCAGAUAUGCAUUUAAAACCGCCGACUACACCCCAGAAUUCAUGCGCAACAUGUGUUGCAUUCUCCUCUUCCUUAUUCUAUUGCUCCUCCUUCUUUUCAUAAUGUUCAACGCAAUUUUCAACCGAUAUGCUGUUUCCGAAUUUCUCCUAUACCCUCCAGUCUGUGAGGAGUGUCGUAGGAAGAAUCCAGCGUUGGUUUCAUCGGCUCUACCAUCAUCAGUAUUUGUCCACUUCUUCUCAAAAUACCAGGCUCACUUUGAACUUCGUGGAAAUUCACCGUUUAAGUCGAAUAGUUUCACAGCUAUCGAUUUCGAUACCGGAUACAUAGCAUAUGCAGAUCAUUCUUUAACUGAUGCCAGUGGAAAGCAUUUCACUUGUUUCCUGAUGCCAUUAGACAAAAGUGCGAUUGAUAGUAUUGAUCAGUUAUCGGAAGCUGUGUCGGAUUCCGAUUAUGAGAUCCAAUCAACGUUUGGCUGGCAAGAGUUCUACCAAUUCGAUCCGGAGCCCAUCGAACCAAUGAUUGCUAAUCAAAAGUUCACCGAACAAAUUGAUGAUUGCCAUGGAGCAAAAUGGUACCUCCUGAAACAAACUGUACAUGCUAGAGACGCCUCCUGUUCAGACUGCUACGAUUUUUGUCUACCGGAUUGGGCGGUGGUUAGAAAAGAGAAAUACGAGGAUGAAUCUACACUAGGUGUCAGAAGACUGAACUGCUUUAGGUUGUACGUUCCAGAGUGGAGGAAUUUCAGAGUCGAAACGGACAUUGGUGGUGGCCACUGGAAAUAUCCGCUAUCUAGUGAGAGCACUAAAAGAGACAAAAACGGAGAAUGGGUCCACUGGAUUCCAACUACCCAUUCCCAGGGAUUGUCUAGAACUCGGAAGAGUGUUUCUUCCAAUUCUACCAUCACUUUUUAA